UUUUCGCAUUCUCUCCCGCGGUGUCCCCUCCCGCCCCCAGCCCCGCCCAACCCGUGCCUCCCUCCCCUUCCCCGCUGGGGUCCUGCCCGCCUCCCUGCGGGGAGCCCGACUGUUCUCAGGACUCGGGCGGGGCGAGAGGCAGGGCCGGGGGCUGGAGGGUCGGGAGGAGGAGGAAAGGAAAGCAGAGGCGAGAGAAAUUAGGAGGCGGGAGAAAUCGAGGGCUAAUAGGAAGGGGAGAGUCAGAGGAUGGUGGAGAGCACUUUUUGGAAGCAGCCACGCCGAGUCUCAGGCUGGCCCGGCUGAGCUGGGGAAGAGGGAGCGAGGGCGGUGCAGGGCGGGCGCGCGGGCGGCGGGAGGCAGCUCUACGCGGGCCUGACCUCCCCAGAGCGCCCCGCUGCGGCCGCGCAGGUCCCCCCUCCGGUCCUGAUCCAACUUCUGGGCUGCCCCCGGGGCCGCUGAACGAUCUCGCAGCGUCCAGGCGGGCCAGCCGGCCGUUGUGCGGGCCGUGCGCCCUGGGCGCGCGAGGCGGUGAGGCCCCGGGAACCCUGUGCGCCCGGACGCGCGGGCCGGCAUGGCGAUGCACGCCCUCACUGGCUUCUCGCUGGUCAGCCUGCUCAGCUUCGGCUACCUGUCCUGGGACUGGGCCAAGCCGAGUCUGGUGGCUGACGGGCCUGGGGAGGCCGGUGUGGAGCAGCCUACGGCCGCUCCACCCCAGCCUCCCCAUAUCAUCUUCAUCCUCACCGACGACCAGGGCUACCACGACGUGGGCUACCACGGCUCCGAUAUCGAGACCCCUACACUGGACCGGCUGGCAGCCGAGGGUGUCAAGCUGGAGAAUUAUUAUAUUCAGCCCAUCUGCACGCCUUCGCGGAGCCAACUUCUCACUGGCAGGUACCAGAUCCACACCGGACUUCAACACUCCAUCAUCCGCCCUCGGCAGCCUAACUGCCUGCCCCUGGACCAGGUGACGCUGCCCCAGAAGCUGCAGGAGGCAGGCUACUCCACCCACAUGGUGGGCAAGUGGCACCUGGGCUUCUACCGGAAGGAGUGCCUUCCCACUCGCCGGGGCUUCGACACCUUCCUGGGCUCGCUCACCGGCAACGUGGACUACUACACCUACGACAACUGUGACGGGCCCGGGGUGUGUGGCUUUGACCUGCACGAGGGCGAGAGCGUGGCCUGGGGGCUCAGCGGCCAGUACUCCACCAUGCUCUACGCCCAGCGGGUCAGCCACAUCCUCGCUAGCCACAGCCCCCGGCGGCCCCUCUUCCUCUACGUGGCCUUCCAGGCCGUGCACACGCCCUUGCAGUCCCCUCGCGAGUACCUGUACCGCUACCGCGGCAUGGGCAAUGUGGCCCGGCGCAAGUACGCGGCCAUGGUAACCUGCAUGGAUGAGGCCGUGCGCAACAUCACCGGGGCCCUCAAGCGCUACGGUUUCUACAACAACAGUGUCAUCAUCUUCUCUAGCGACAACGGUGGCCAGACCUUCUCCGGGGGUAGCAACUGGCCGCUGCGAGGACGCAAGGGCACUUACUGGGAAGGGGGUGUGCGUGGCCUCGGCUUCGUCCACAGCCCCCUGCUCAAGCGAAAGCGCCGGACAAGCCGGGCGCUGGUGCACAUCACUGACUGGUACCCGACCCUGGUGGGUCUGGCAGGUGGCACUGCCUCGGCGGCGGAUGGGCUAGACGGCUAUGACGUGUGGCCCACCAUCAGUGAGGGCCGGGCCUCGCCGCGCACAGAGAUCCUGCACAAUAUCGACCCCCUCUACAACCAUGCCCGGCAUGGCUCCCUGGAGGCUGGCUUUGGCAUCUGGAACACGGCUGUGCAGGCUGCCAUCCGCGUGGGUGAGUGGAAGCUGCUCACAGGGGACCCUGGCUAUGGGGAUUGGAUCCCACCGCAGACGCUGGCCGCCUUUCCCGGCAGCUGGUGGAACCUCGAGCGCAUGGCCAGUGCCCGCCAGGCAGUGUGGCUCUUCAACAUCAGCGCUGACCCCUACGAACGGGAGGACCUGGCUGGCCAACGGCCCGAUGUGGUCCGUGCCCUUCUGGCCCGUCUGGUGGACUAUAACCGCACAGCCAUCCCUGUGCGCUACCCAGCUGAGAAUCCGCGGGCCCAUCCCGACUUUAAUGGGGGUGCUUGGGGGCCCUGGGCCAGUGAUGAGGAAGAAGAGGAAGAGGAGGAAGAGGAAGGCAGGGCUCGAAGCUUCUCCCGAGGGCACCGCAAGAAAAAAUGCAAGAUUUGCAAGCUUCGAUCCUUUUUUCGUAAACUCAACACCAGGCUGAUGUCCCAGCGGAUCUGAUGGGGGGGACGUCAUGAUCUCUGUCCCCCUAGAUGUACUUACCCAAUCAGGCCUGGCCCUGCCCCACCCCACCAAGGGGCCUGAGGUCAAAUCCCCACCUGUAGGGAAAUGGGGCAGAGAGAUCCUCCAUUGAAGGGUGGGGAGCUUGGCCUGGGGGAGAAUAAACUAGACACGGUUGCCUGGAUUCCAGUCCCACCUCUCCAUUGACUUGCUCUGUGACCUCAAGUGGCCUGCGUGAGCUCUCAGGGCCUCCGUGUCUUGCUCGGUGAAAGAGCUGUAAUGACUUGGUGGCUCCGUGGAGUGAACCUGGCGCCUGGGGCCAUGAUGGAGUUCCCGUUGACCUUGCCACCUCCCAGCUCUUCGAGGACCUUGCCCUUGAAGCCUGCACCUCUGGGAUACUGCUUGGGUGAGGGGCCACAUGGAGGCGUCUCUAGGCCUGGACCCUCGCUGAGGCAUGGUGGUCGGGCCAGAGUGCUGAGGGCAGAAGUGGAGGGAUAGGGGCUGACUUUCCUGGUCCUCCCAUGGCUUGGGCCAAUCUCGAGGCCAGACAAGUGCUGGGAGCUAUGGGAGAAAGCUCUCCUUCUGGCCCCUAGCACCCAGAGGACAGACUGGGCUGUUAGCUACAGCAGGAUCAAGGGUGAUGGGAACAGCUGUGAAAAGAGCUCUGAACUAACAAUCAGGACACUGGGUGCUGCUUUGACCUUGGACCCAACCUUUCCCCUUUGGGCCUUGAUUUCCCCAUCUGCAAAUGGGGUUGUUAGCCCUAGCUCCGCCUACCUCACAGGGCUAUAGAGAUAUACCGGCCAAGGUAAUGGUUGUGGAGGAGCCCAUGAACUUGAUUAAAAUGCAGUCACAUGGA